AUGAGUUUUGAAGGAAACCAGAGUUUUCAAAGUUUCCCAGAGCCCCAGCUGAUGACUGAGAGUCAAAGGACAAUGUUUGUCUUGGUAAACCGCUUGGUUCUCUGCACAGCCAUUGGUCUGUUUGGCCUCCUGACUAAUCUGAUCAACAUGGCUGUCUUCACCAAACUUGGAUUCAAGAUUUCCAUGAACAUCAGUUUGUUUACUUUGUCAUUUUGGGAUUUUAUCCGAAUCAUCUUGGUGCAGUGGCUCAAUGUGUGCUCCAAUCCUCUACUGACCAGACCUGAUGUUCCAGUCUUGUUUUCUGAUGUCCAGUAUCUGACGGCCGGAUGGCCGUCCAAUUGUGCUAUUAGAAUCACUAUUUCUAUCGCUGCUUAUAUUACUUUUGAGAGGUGCCUGGGUAUAAUGGCUCCGUUGAAAAUAAGAAACAUUAUAACACCAUCCAAAACUGUGUUUAUUUUAAAUAUAAUUACCAUUAUCAACAUCGGCGGCAUUCUGCCUGAGUAUGUUUCUGCUUACUACGAUUGGAAAUAUAACACUCUUAGAAACAGAACAGUGCUAUCCCUUACUUUCAACAUGUAUCGCCCAGCUACCCAAGGUCUUGUGUUCGGCAUUCACUCUGUGUUCAUCUUUCUAGACCUGUUCUUAUUGAUCAUCUUCACCUCUAUACUAGUGGCUCAGCUCCGGCGUAAAUCAAAGUGGCGUCACGAGAAGGUCCGAGACGAGAGUCAGAGGGCUUCACUGUCAGGUCGAGAUAAGAAAACCUCCAAGCUGGUCGUGUUGCUGGCCACGUUGUUAGUUCUCUGCUACUCUCCAGUGGUCAUCCUUUCCGCUGUGACUGGGCUAAGGCCGGACAUAAGUUUUGCGGGCAAAGAAAGCAAUUUAUUUCAUUCUUUGUGGUCGUUCGCUUAUCUCCUGGGAGUUUUCAACGCAAGUAUCAACUCGUUUAUAUAUUACAAUAUGAGCUCUAAAUACAAAGAGCAGUUUUGGUUCAUGUUUUCAAGAAUUUUGUUUAAAACUAAACAAGAAUCGUUGCCCAGGAUACAGACAAUCAAACUUUCGUCUUAUAGUCUUACUAGCUCAUCAAAUUAA